UUGACACAUACGCCUUUAUUUUUCCUCAACCAGCUUAUAUCAUUAACCAAUGUCGACAGUGGCUACAAAGAAAGUGCAGGGUGGGCGCAAGGGCAAGCGCUCCUGGCGCAAGAAUAUCGAUCUGGGCGAUGUCGAGCAGGGGCUGGAGGAGCUGCGGGAGGAGGAGCGCGAGGGUGGAUCGGCGGUCCAGGACCGGCAGGACACGGACCUGUUCGUAGUGGACAUUGCUGGCGACGCCAAGACAAAGCGCAAGAUGCAGGAGAAGAAGCUGAAGAUGGACGAAAUCCUGGGCCGCCGGUCGAGCGUGCCGGUCCCCGUGCUUGGCAAGAAGCUGAGCGAGGAGCGGCGGAAGCGCCAUGCCAUGCGCGAUCUCAAGCAACAACUAAAGAAGGCCGCUGGGUUCGUUGACGGGCGGAAAACACGCACUGAGAAAAUCGCACUGCAGAAAACUGGCAAAUACGACAUCUGGGACGAAGCACCCAAGGGCGACAAUAAGGUGAAGAGCCUUGAGUCCCGUAAGAGAUUGAAGCACUUGAGUGAGCUGCCUGCAGUGGUUGUUGCCCACCCGGGCGCGUCAUAUCGGCCCGACAAGAAGACGCACGGCGAGCUGGUGGCCAAGGCUGGGCGCGAUGAGCUGCUCAAGCACCGUGUCGUCGAGAAGCACAAGGAGGCAGGGAACAUCCGGAGUGUCAGCGUCAUGGACAGUAUCCUUGAGCGCGCCGAGAUUAUUGCCCAGGAUCUGCAAGCACAGGAGGAGGAGAAGCGGAAGGCCGAGGCCGAGGCAGAGGCAGAGGGUGUGUCCGCCGACGACAGCGGUAGCGAUCUCAGUGACAGCGACGAGGAGUCUGCGCCUGAGCUCAUCGAGCAGUCUGAGAGCGAGGAGGAGGAUGAGGAUGCCAAGACUACGUCCAAGGAUCCGAAGCGCAAGACCCGUGCCACGCGCAACCGCGAGCGCCGCGAGUCGCAGAAGCGCGUCGAGCAGGCUGUUGCCAAGCGCCUGAAGGAGGAGGCGCGCCAGCUGGCUAUCGCCAAGAAGCUGCACAAGAGAACUGACAAGCAGGUCGAGGAGGCGGAAAAGGUCGCCGAGCUUAAGCGCAAGAAGGCUCAGGAGAAGGCGCUGAAGCCGCGCAAGAAGAUUGGAAAGUAUCGUGUGCCUGAUCUGCCCGAGGCUGUCAAGCUGGUGGAGGAGCUGCCUGGAUCGCUGAGAGAUCUGAAGCCCGAGAGCAAUGCCUUUACAGAGAGCUACAACUCGCUGCUCCGGCGCAACAUGACCGAGCCCCGCAAGCGCGUCGACCAGAAGAAGGCCAAGUACAAGCUGACAGAAAAGUGGAGCUACAAGGACUGGCAGUGAAGCGUGUUCUCUGCAGCUUGUCGUGUUUCCGGAAUAAAAUCAGAAAUCAAUCC